AUGGUUCUCCCCGUGCCCCUUUUGCGCCUUCAAUGUGGUGUCAACUCCUACGAAUGGGGCAAGGUCGGCAACGACUCGGCAGCUGCGCGCUUUGCCGCUGCGACACCUUCCGAUGACCUCAAGAUCGAGUCCGAGAAGCCGUAUGCUGAGCUCUGGAUGGGUAGCCACCCCAAGAACCCAUCCAAGCACGUCGACACUGGCCGCACUCUGAACGAGCUUUUUGAGCACAACAAAGCUCUCCUGUCUACACACAUCACCGAGAAAUAUGGCGACCGUUUGCCGUUCCUCUUCAAGGUGCUCUCGAUCAACAAGGCCUUGUCCAUCCAGGCGCACCCGAACAAGAAGCUUGCCGAGCAGCUGCACGCGCAAGAUUCUAAGAACUACCCCGACGACAACCACAAACCGGAAAUGACAAUUGCCAUCACACCUUUUGAGGGCCUUUGUGGCUUCAGGCCCCUCCCCGAGAUUGCACACUUUCUGGAAAGCAUCGCGCCCUUGAAGCGCAUGGUCGGCGAUGAGGCGGCAACGGAAUUCAUCAAGGUCGCCAGGGACGACGGUGCGAACAAAGACACGCAGAAGAAGGCUCUGCAAAAGGCGUUUGCGGGUCUCAUGACCUCGUCCGCGGACGAUGUGGCAAAGGAAAUGCCCAACCUGACGGAGCUCGCCACGAACGAGGGCAAAGACUUUGCAAAGGGUGGACUCCCUUCAGCCUCGGGCGAAGUGCUUUCCGACCUGGUCAUGCGUCUACACAAAUCCUUUGAGAACGACAUUGGCAUCUUCGUGCUCUUCUUCCUCAACUACGUCACGCUGCAGCCGGGCGAGGCAAUGUUCCUCGUGGCGGAUGACAUUCAUGCCUACCUGUCCGGCGACAUCAUCGAAUGCAUGGCGGCGUCGGACAAUGUCGUGCGCGCCGGCCUGACACCCAAGUUCAAGGAUACUGACACCCUCAUCGACAUGCUGACGUACAACUUUGCGCCGAUCGAGGAGCAAAAGAUGAAGGCUACGGACUACCCCUAUGCCACCCUCAACCGCGCUGCGUACAGCGCCAGCUCCCAAAUUCAACUGUACGAUCCGCCCAUUGAGGAGUUUGCUGUCGUCAGGACCUCUUUGUGCGGAGGUGAGGGCAGCAGGGCGACCUUUGAGCCCUUGUCUGGGCCCAGUAUCAUCAUCUGCACGAAUGACAAAGGAAAGAUAUCGGUUGGGCCAAAGAGCGAGCCUAUGGAGGAAGGCUUCGUGUACUUUGUGGGCGCCACAGCCGAGGUGGUGCUCGAGGCACAGGGCGGCAAGGAGGACGAGUUCGUGACGUUCAAGGCAUUCUGCGAGAUCGGAGAAGACAAGCAGAAGCUGCCAUUUAUUUUGCCCGCGCGCUCCAAAGACGUCCCGACAGCACCAAAGAAGACCAAGGAUAAGAUGUUUGAAGAGUCAAUCGUCAGCUUGGACCAAGAGCAUGGGGCUCUUGACCUUGGCGGUCUUCCCAUCCUCCUUCAUCCGGACGAAUUUGAAGGGGUCCGCUUGGCGGCGAGCAAUUUCGCCUCUGACCUUGAAAAGGUCACCGGUCGCGCAUCAAGCGUCAUCCAAGACCAGAACAAGAUUCCACAGGGAGACGCUGUCAUUGUCGUUGGGAGCGUGCAGAAAUGUCGCUACUUCGACGACAUGAGUGAGCACGCCCGCGAGAUCACCAGGCUGGAGGGCAAAUGGGAGACGUUCCGCUGCCACGUGCAAGACAGCCCGUGGCCUUCGGUCAAAAAGGUCUACGUGGUAGCCGGAAGUGACAAAAGAGGCGCCAUAUUCGGCGUGUACACCCUGACCGAGCAGAUGGGCGUGUCGCCGUGGUAUUGGUGGGCUGACGUACCGAUCAAGACGGUGAGGCACAUCUACGCCCUCCCGGGCCCCUUAAUCCAAGGUGAGCCGAGUGUGAAGUAUCGGGGUAUCUUCAUCAACGACGAAACACCCUGUUUGACGGACUGGGUUCACGAGAAAAUUGGCCCAAAGUACACUUCAGAGUUCUAUGUUCGGGUAUUCGAGCUGCUUCUUCGAAUGAAAGCCAAUUUUCUCUGGCCAGCCAUGUGGUCUGGGUUCCCGUGGCCGGGGAGUUCCUUUUUUGAGGACGAUCCGCGGAAUCAAGAGCUCGCCGACACAUAUGGCAUUGUCAUGUCGACGUCUCACCACGAGCCGAUGCAGCGGGGGAUGACGGAAUGGCGCACUGCCAACAAGGGCGUCUGGUCUUGGGAAGAGAACGAAGACGCUGUGAAAGAGUACUUUGAGGUCGGUGCGCAGCGAGCGCGGCCCUACGAGUCCAUCGUGACGAUGGGCAUGCGAGGCAAUGGCGACAAGCGUAUUAUUGCCAAAGACCCGCAACGAACGCUGCAGGAGGUCCUGGACACGCAGAGAGACAUAUUUAAGUCGGUAUAUGGCAGGGGAGAUGGCGUCCCGCAGGUCUUCGCACUCUACAAGGAGACACAGCUGCAGUACGAGAGGGGUCUCCAGGUGCCGGAGGACAUCACGCUGAUGUUUACGGAUGACAACUUUGGAAAUGUCAGGAGAUUCCCCACGGCCGAAGAAAGCAAGCGGAAAGGGGGCAUUGGGUUGUACUACCACCUCGAGUACGUUGGCCGCCCCCGAAGCUACAAGUGGAUCAACUCGAGUCCUCUCGGCAAGGUGCAGCAGCAGCUCACAGCCGCGUAUCGCAAUGGUAUCCAGCAGGCAUGGGUGUUCAAUGUCGGCGACAUCAAACCCAUGGAGAUGCCCAGUUCCUUUGCGUUGGCUCUGGCUUGGGACAUCAACAGUGUACAACGGAAAAACGUCGAGUCCUUUUUCUCAACAUAUACCAUGCGAGAGUUUGGAAAAUACCAUGCAGAUGCCAUCACCAAAUUGCUGUACCGCCACGACAGACUGAUUGCCCUAAGGCGCCAUGAGCACAUUGAGCCUGAUGUGUUCUCCAUCGUCAACUAUAGAGAAGCCGAGUCCAUUUUAGAAAAGUGGCUUGCUCUGGAGAAGGACGUCCAAUCACUCUUUGAGCAGGUUCCAGAUCACCAAAAGGCCGCCUUCUUCCAACUUGUGCUGCAUCCGAUCAAGGCCUCGCGUAUCUUCACCGCGCUGAGAACGGCACAAGCACAGAACCAACUCUACGGGCUCCAACGACGCAACACGACCAAUGUCUUGGCAAAGAGAGCCCUCGAACUUUUAGAUGAGGAUUUCGACCUCCAGGAACAAUUCCACAACAACCCCUGGACAGGAGACAAGUGGAACCACAUCAUGUCACAACCUCACUACGGCUACAGCACCGAGACAUGGCACGCCCCCUCACGAGACAUGAUCACGGGGAUGAGCUACGUCCAGAAGAGGCAGAACACCAACCGCGUCUUUGGGCAGAUUGGUGUCUUCGUGGAGGGCCAUGGUGGUGUUCGACCUGGCUUGACGAACGAGGAAUCGGACUACACGCAUCCCUCCAAGGGUGAUCUGAUUCCGGGCCUAACGUUUCCCUUGAUGAGUCCGUACGGCCCAGCUGAGCGAUUCUUUGAGAUCUUCUCGAGAGGCGCAGUCAGCGUUGAAUGGGAGGUGGCCGCUGAUCAGCCCUGGAUCACCCUGAGCGCCACAAGCGGGACGUCGACCCCCGAUGACGAGAGCGACGCCCGCAUCACCGUCGCCGUUGAGUGGGAGAAAGUACCAGAGGACUUUACGGGAACCGUUGUGAUCCAUGUGCAGUCCCCAUCCGGAUACUACGAGAACGUCCAUCUGCCCAUUGACAACCGUCGGGCCCCCCCGGGAACAACUGGCUUUGUAGAGGCGGAUGGUGUGGUCGUGAUCGAGCCGGCCGCCCACGAACCACCCACCGGCUACGAGUUGUACCCUCUGCUCGGCCGCACUGGCUCAGGAGCAGUGACCAUUUCACCUGGGACGUCCGGCAAGGUGGAGUUUAUGCAAUUUCCCAUCUACGCCUUCUCGGCACCUACCAAGGUGACCAUUACGCUUCUCUUUACAAUGUGUCUCGAAGUGCGACCUGACGACCCCUUGCGCUUCGACAUUGGCCUCGACGAUGAGGUCCAGGAGGCCGUGCAACUACUUACAUGCCCCGAGAGGGGUGAGCUGCCCGAUGGCUGGCCUGUUGCCGUGCAGGACCUCGUCUGGACACGCGAAGUCAGCUUCAGCCUGCCUUCUGGAAAGGAUGGGCAGCAUGUGGUGCUUUAUAGACCAUACUACGCGGAGUUGCUGCUGGAGAAGAUCAUGGUGGACUUUGGGGGGUUGAGGCACAGCUAUUUGGGCCCAUGCCAGAGUGUUUUCUUGAAAGGUGCUUGA